AUGAGGUGGUCCCCAUUAUUAUAAUUACAUGCUAUAUUUGCCUUCUGUUAACUGGUCGUUUAGCCAAAAAAUAUUUUUUAUAUAUAUAGUAAAAUCAAACACUAAUAGAUUUAUUCAAACUUUAUUUAUAAUGAUAAAUACUAAUAGAGUGAAGAAUAUCUGAUUUUCCCUAUUUCAAUAACCAUUCAAAAAAUAACUUCUCUAGUCACUGUAGCUAUGCUAGCACAAAAUUAUAAUAGAGUAAUUAAAAAAUUACAAUUAUCUAUUAAUAAAUGCUCAAUAAGAUCCAAUUCAUGUCAUUCAUCCGGAUGUUUUAAUUAAGAAUUGUUUUCAUACCUUUUUUUCUUUAAAAGAAUUCUCCAUCAUAUAUACAGAUGA